AGGGGCUCACUUCCGGGAGGAGGGCGCCUGGUAACCCGGAAGCGAUCGGCAGUGCGGCGCUGUUUAAAGAUGGCGGCGGAGGAACCUCAGCAGCAGAAGCAGGAGCCGCUAGGCAGCGACUCCGAAGGUGUUAACUGUCUGGCCUAUGAUGAAGCCAUCAUGGCUCAGCAGGACCGAAUUCAGCAAGAGAUUGCUGUGCAAAACCCACUGGUGUCAGAGCGGCUGGAGCUCUCGGUCCUAUACAAGGAGUAUGCUGAGGAUGACAACAUCUACCAACAGAAGAUCAAGGACCUACACAAAAAGUACUCGUACAUCCGGAAGACCAGGCCUGAUGGGAACUGCUUCUAUCGAGCUUUUGGAUUCUCCCACUUGGAGGCGCUGCUGGAUGACAGCAAGGAAUUACAGCGGUUCAAGGCUGUGUCUGCCAAGAGCAAAGAGGACCUGGUGUCCCAGGGCUUCACUGAGUUCACAAUUGAGGAUUUCCACAAUACGUUCAUGGACCUGAUCGAGCAAGUGGAGAAGCAGACCUCAGUAGCCGACCUGCUGGCCUCCUUCAACGACCAGAGCACCUCAGACUACCUUGUGGUCUACUUGCGGCUGCUCACAUCGGGCUAUCUGCAGCGGGAGAGCAAAUUCUUUGAGCACUUCAUCGAGGGUGGGCGGACUGUCAAGGAGUUCUGCCAGCAGGAGGUGGAGCCCAUGUGCAAGGAGAGCGACCACAUCCACAUCAUCGCACUGGCCCAGGCCCUCAGUGUGUCCAUCCAGGUGGAGUACAUGGACCGCGGCGAGGGUGGCACCACCAACCCACACAUCUUCCCUGAGGGCUCUGAGCCCAAGGUCUACCUUCUCUACCGGCCUGGACACUACGACAUCCUCUACAAAUAGGGCUGGCCCAGCCUGCCGCUGCCCUGCCUGCCCUCCCCUCUGCCAGGCGCUAGACAUGUACAGAGGUUUUUUGUGGUUGUAAAUGGUUAUAUUUCACCUCCCUUCUUCCUGUCACACGACCUUCCGUGUUUUAUUAAAGGGGAUGCUGGUGGUGA